CUGUUUUAUAAAAAAAUUACACCUAUUAUUGACGUUGGCAGUUUGUUGACAACUUCUAUGUUCAAAAAGGUGAAAUAUGUCUUUAGCUGGAAAAACAGCUAUCGUAACCGGUUCCAGCAAAGGCAUGGGUUACCAAACAGCGCUCGCCCUUGCUGCUAGAAAAUGUAAGCUCAUUUUAGCUGACAAAGUCAACCAAACAGAAUCAUUGGCCAAAAUAGCGACGGAAACGGGGAAUGAAGAUUUACGUGCAGAGUUCCUGGACCUUUCCAAUCUCAAGUCAGUGAGAGCAUUUGCUAGGAACGUUCUAGAUAAGGAGAAGAAAAUAGAUAUUUUGAUCAAUAACGCUGGUAUAUUUUGCAUGGAUAAGCAGAAAACGGUUGAUAAGUUGGACGGUGUCAUGCAAGUCAAUCAUCUGGGACCAUUUUUGUUGACGGAAUUAUUGGUUGAUGUUAUAAGAGAAUCUAAACAGGGUAGAAUUGUGUUCGUGACCUCCAGUGGAGCCUUUUUUCAUAACAUGUCUAUGAAACGUGGAUAUUUGCCAAUGGGUCGCUUAAGUAAAUUUGGCAAGAUAAAAACGUAAAGAGUUUGAAGGGUACCGGCAAGUGGUAUGUUGUUCUCCACGCUGGGAAUAAAAACGGUUUUUUUUAGAGAAAAGUGCUGACUACAUUUCCAUGGACACAGAUUCUAUCAAAAAAUAGGUAGAUAAGCUUCAAGAGCCAGACUACUUUUUUCCACACUUUGUAUCAGGAGCUAUACAUUAUUACAAUUCGAAGCUUUGUAACAUGAUAAUAUCCCAAAUAUUCGCAGAAGAGUUGAAAUUGUCAAACAUAACUUCCAAUUAUUUGCAUCCGGGCAUGACGAGCACAGACUUCCUGGUAUCCGAUGCAGAAAACGACCCUUUCGGCAGGUUCAAAAGGAAUGCCACACUGGAAGUUUUGAAGUGCACAACCAAGGAUGUCAAAACCGCUGCCCACAUGCAAGUUUUCGUUGCGACAUCUCCGACGUUAAAGAAAGUUACUGGCAAGUAUUUUGCGGAUUAUGUGGUGCAUAGACCGCCUAGCGUCUUGGAAGAUAAGGUAUUUUGUAGGGCUAUAUGGGAGGAGAGUAAAAGAUUGGUUGGAUUGAGAUGAUUGCAAUAAAAUAUACGUUUAUAAUAAAGA